AUGAUACUUCCAAUUAUCUGCUUCCUGAUCUGCUCUUUCAACGCCCAAGCUGCCAAAAUACUGGGCGUUUUCCCUGUACCCUCCGCCAGCCAUCAAGCCAUAUUCCAACCAAUCUGGAGAGAACUCUCACUCAGAGGCCACCAAAUCACCGUGGUGACUCCCAAUCCCAUCAAGGACCCACAGCUGACCAACCUCACGGAGAUAGACGUUAGUUUCACCUACGAAUACAUUCUCAAAUCGCCAUUUGUCGGCAAUUUGGGCAGAGCCGAAUCGGUUUGGGAGCGAAACCAUUUGAUCCUAGAAUCUUUGACCAAGCUUGUGGAGGAUGAAAUCGAGUUCGGUGAGGUGCAGGACUUGUUGAAUGGGGGCGAAGCUUUUGAUUUGGUUAUUUUGCAAGUGCAGUUCAUGACGACGCUCGUGUAUGGUUUCGCAGCUCGUCAAGAUGCCCCGAUUGUUGCUAUAUCAUCCCUUGGGGUAUACUUACACACCCAUGAUGCUUUCGGCAACCCCACACAUCCCUUGGUAUCCCCAGAUCAUAUGCUGAACUAUGAAACGGACCUUAGUUUCCUCCAAAAGGUGGGAAGUCUGCUUUACAAUUUUGGGUACCGCAUGUUGUACUACUGGUACGUGCUACCAAGAACAGAUAAAAUUGCCAGGAAAUAUUUCGGGGAUGACAUUCCCUAUUUGGGAGACAUCGAGAGGAAUACCAGUUUGCUUUUGAUGAACGUCAACCCCAUAAUGAACGGUGUCAGACCCAAUGUACCAAAUAUCAUAGAAAUCAACCAUGUUCAUAUUACAGACAAGAAACCACUGCCUAAGGAUAUCCAGCGAUUCCUUGACUCUUCUCCUCAAGGUGUGAUCUACUUCAGUUUGGGCUCCAACGUCAAAAGCGCAAACCUACCUACAUCGACAAGGAAUGUUUUUAUCCAAGCUCUAGCAAAUCUUCCUUAUAAGGUCCUAUGGAAGUGGGAAGCCGAUUACUUGCCUGCGAAACCAGACAACGUUAUGAUAAGAAAAUGGCUGCCACAACAGGAUAUAUUAGGGCAUCCCAAUAUCAAAGUUUUUUUAACACAAGGAGGGUUGCAAUCUAUCGAAGAAUCCAUAAUCAACGAAGUACCAAUGGUUGGGAUACCAUUCAUGACUGACCAACCGACUAAUAUCAAGAAAAUGGUUGAUUUGGGGUUUGGUAUAGGAUUAGACCAUCGGACAAUGACCAAAGAACAACUAAGGGAUGCCAUUUCCGAGGUAGCUGAAAACAAGAAGUACAAAGAAAAAGUGAAAAAGUCCAAGAAAAUACUAGUCGACCAACCAAUGAAGGGGGUAGAAAAAGCAGUUUGGUGGAUCGAGUAUGUGCUCAGGCACAAAGGUGCUAAGCAUCUGCGUAGUGCUGCAGCUGACAUGACUUUUUACGAGUAUUUUAUGAUCGAUGUAAUCGUUUUCCUCCUAGUCUGUUUUUCAAUUUUUGUUUAUGUAAUUUUCCAAUUAUUACGUUUGAUAGUGAGGUUGACGAGUAGAACAAGGAAGAUUAAUCAGUGA